AUGAGGACCCCAAAUAGUGACAUGGACACAGGUUUAAGGAAAGGAAAAUGGAGCCAUGAAGAAGAUCAGAUGCUUAUUGCUUAUAUCAGUAGAUAUGGCAUUUGGAACUGGUCCCAAAUGCCAAGAUUUGCUGGUUUGUCGAGAUCUGGGAAGAGUUGUAGACUCCGUUGGAUGAAUUAUCUGAAACCCAACAUAAAGAGAGGAAACUUUUCAAACGAAGAAGAUGAAAUCAUACUCCAUUCGCAUUCGGUUCUUGGCAAUAAGUGGUCUGCAAUUGCAUCAAAACUUCCUGGAAGGACUGAUAGUGAAGUAAAAAACUAUUGGCAUGCUCAUCUAAAGAAACGUGUUAGUCGUUACAACAAGAAUCCCGAAACACACGAGCAAAAUGGCGAGAGUGAGUUCGGGUGCAAUAACAUGGACGAAAUGGAACAGCCUGUUAAUCAUUUGAAUAAAGUUUUAGAGUCUUGCUUGACUUAUGAAGAUGAUAGUUUUCCAUCUAGCACCAGUACUAUAACUUCCAAAGAUCAAGAAGUAGACUUUAGAUAUGAUUAUUAUGACACAAGCUCACCAGGAACCAUUGAUGAUCUUCAAUCUUUCUGGCAACAGCUUUCCCCGUUUGAAAACUUGGAGCUUGGAAACACUCACCUGAACAUGUUUUCUAAUGACUUCUUUUAA